AUUACACCUACGUGCUCUGCUCAAAUGUGUCCCCCACGGUGCGCUUCCGGCGCCGCCUCCGAGGCUGGUUACGAGAAGCAGGUUAUGGAAAACGUAGUUUCAGUGACAGGCCGAUUUCCCUAAAGAGAAUAAACUGACCGACGGAGUCGGCACAGCUCAUCGAAACAGGAUGGCCCCCCCUUCACCCCAUGACCGCAGACGUAAAGACGAGGACGAGGAUGACCCCGUUGAGCAGAUGAUAUCACGCACCGGCUGUGCUGAGCUGCACUACGCUGUGCAGGAGUGCAUGGCUGAACACCAGGACUGGCGUUUGUGCCAGAGCCACGUCAAGACUUUCAAAGACUGCAUGAUGAAUUUCCAAAUUGCACAAAAACAACAGUUGAUGAAGCAGCAACAGCAGCAGCCAACCGCCAGCAAGUCUGCACCCAGCUGAACUCACUAGACCCUCUGAAAAGACUGCAUGACUUAAUUAUUGUUCAGAAAAUAAAAGUAUGAUAAAAUCCUCA